AUGUCACCAAGAAAUAUAGAUUCCAAUAGGUAUAAUAUCAAUAGUUUUAGAAGAGAAUCCAUCGGUGAUUUUAUGACUUUGAGUCAUCUUCCUCCCACUUUAGCACAAGAAUCCUCCCUAACACCAUUUUUAACCGAUACAAAAUCUGAGAAAUCUACUAUAAACACCAUAGACACAAAUACAACUAAUAUAGAUAAAAAUCUAAAUUCAAAUACUAAUCUAAGUUCAAAUUCAAAUGAAGAUUCGAAACCAAAAAAUAUGAUUAACAAUAAGACUAAUUCUAAUAAUACCAAGAAAUUACCUUCCUUAUCUCAAAGUUUUAAUUCAAUUGGUGCCGGCAUCAAUGUAAGCAACCCCUUAUUAUAUCAACAAGGAAGUAAUUCUGUUUCAACGGUAACAACCCCAACAGGAAUUGUUUCUAACGCAAGCACGCCCACCACUACUGCCAAAGCACCAUCUACUUCUGGAUCCGCAUCCAUUUCUACUACCAUUUCAACUGGUAAUACAACUACAACUACUGCAACUACCCUUCCAAGUAGUGGUUUUAAUAUUAGCAACGGCUAUUCUUUCCAACCAUUAGCAGGUUCUUCUCAAAAGAGGGAUUCGAUUCUUAUUGAACCAAGGGACUCUUCUUUACCUUCUCCACAAAUUGCACCUACAAGUUCAAACACAAAUUUGAACCCUAGCGAUCCAAUUACGGGGACUCAUAAUGAAUUGGAUUAUUUUCAACAAUCUGGAUCAACCACGAAUUAUCAAAUAAGUAAAAAGAAUGAUGCAAUUAACAACAGUAAUAAUAGUAAUAAUAGUAAUAAUACAAAUACUUCUAUUGGUGACCCUAGUAUUGCACAUCCGCCAGGCAAUGUCUUAGGUAGUAAGAAUUUAUCACAAUAUAAUAUGAAACCACCUGCAAUGUUGCCAUCAACAAGUAAUACAAUUAAAUCAUCUAGUGUUAGUACAAUUGUACCAGCUUCCACCACAGAAAACAGUGCCAAUUCUAAUAAUAAUACUAGUAUGUCUUCAACAAACACAACAACAUCUACGACAACUGCUAGUACUACCAUAAAUAAUACCAAUAAUGGUAAUAAUAGUAAUAAUAAUAAUAUGUACUCUAGUGGCAUAUUAUCUAGAUUACCCAGUACAGUUUCUAAUUUUGAGUUUGAUCCGUUUAUAAAUAAUUCAAGGCGUGAUUCAAUUAAGUACACUAAUGGUCCAGAGGAUUUUAAUGAUUUCAUCUUUAGUAGAUCAAGAAAUUCUUCAAUUAGAACUUCGAUGGAUGUACCUACUCUGCCUCUGCCAAAUACAACGCAUCCAUCUAAUAUUAUUAACAAUUCAAACAUGAGUACCCAAAGAAAUAAUAGUAUUCAUUCUAUUGGUAGCAGUACAAUGAAUAGUUUCAACCAUCAAACAACUUUGCCAUCACAGAUCUUACCUGUAAAUCACACUACAGGCCAAUUGUCAAAUAUUCACCCAUACCUUCAUCAACAAAGUGCACCUUUGUAUCCGUCUGGACUAUCAAGGGUCUCUUCUGUUAUGGAUUUAUCAAACACUUGGGAAAAUGAUCCAAACAAAGUAUUGACUCAGUCAUUUAAUAAUGGUACUGCCACCACCACUACCACCAAUAACAAUAAUAAUAUUUCUAUAACUGAUCCUAAAUUAAGUAGUGAUUUAUCCUUCUCAAAUGAUAUGAAAAAGAAUGAGCAAGUAAACAAGAGUAAGAUUCAUGGAAAAAGCAGUGAUGAUAAAAAUAUAAAGAAUGGAAAAGAUUUUAGCCCUGAGAAUGGUAAUAAUAAUAAUACAAUCAAAAAAGUUAGAAAAUCAAAAACAACAACUAAAAAGGCUUUAAUUGGUAAAACUGAUAAUAUUUUAAACACAAAUACAUUGGUUCAGGAGAAUUCUGUUAAGAUCCAUUCAUCACCUUUGCAGUUAUCAAAGCCGGUAUCGAAGGAUGAUAAAGAUCCAAGACAAUUAUUAGGUUCUACAAAAAUUGAUCAGUUGAUGCUUAUCCUUGAAGCUAGAAAGAAUGGUAUUACAGAAAAAAUUACCACAACAAAGGAUGGUGAGUUGAUCUUAAGUGAGCAUUCUGGUGUUAUCCCAGAUAGAGCUACUUUAGUUGGUGGUGUGGAGAAACCAAUAGGUGUCAACGGUGUUAAACAACAUGAAUGUUCGAUAUGUAAGAAGAAGUUUAUUCAAGUGACCCAUUUGGAAGUACAUAUGAGAUCACACCGUGGAGAAAAACCAUUUGAAUGUAGUUGGUGUGGUAAAAGAUUUACUCAAGGUGGCAAUUUAAGAACACAUCAAAGGUUACAUACAGGCGAAAAACCUUAUGAGUGUGAUAUUUGCCAUAAGAAAUUUGCUAGAAAGGGUAAUUUGGAUGCACAUAGGGUGAUUCAUAGAGACGUUAAGCCAUAUGUUUGUAAAUUGGAUAAUUGCUUUAAAUCUUUCACUCAAUUAGGUAACAUGAAAUCACAUCAAAACAGAUUUCACUUAGAGACAGUAAUGUAUUUGACUAAAAGAAUGGCAGAUCUGGAUUCUACUCAAACAAUAUCAGAAGAAGAAAAAACAUUAUUAGAUUAUUUUGCAUCUGUUUAUAAAAAUUCUAAUAAAGGUAUUAGGGGUAGAGGUAAAAGUAAGUAUAAAGAAGAUUCUCAGCCAUUGAACGACAAUAUACCGACGACAGAAAAGCAAGAUAUUAACAGUACCGGGAAAUUAGACGAUAGGAAAAAUAUAAUAUCACAAGGUUCUGUCCAAUUUAAAAUGGUUGACUACGAUAAAUAG